GGCAGCGGCGCCCGUGGCCUGGCUGCGGGGAGGAUACCGGGGAGAGGCGGCCUGCGGAAAGGGGCUGGGCUCCGCCGUCCCUUGGCUGCCCUCUCCAGGGCCAUCGCGGCGGAUAACCGAAAGGGGCUUGGCGGUUCCGCCCCCGGGCGCUCCUCUCUUCCGAGUUCCCGGCGGCCUUGGCCGGGGGCCGGCGCGGGUGACCUCCCUCCGGGCGUUCUUGCUCCCCUCGGCUGCAGCUGUCGUGUACUUCGGUUACGAUGGGGAAUGUUUUUGAAAAGCUGUUCAAAAGUCUAUUUGGGAAGAAGGAGAUGCGGAUUCUCAUGGUGGGCUUGGAUGCAGCUGGGAAGACCACCAUCCUGUAUAAGCUGAAGCUGGGAGAGAUCGUGACGACCAUCCCUACCAUAGGUUUCAAUGUGGAGACAGUAGAAUAUAAAAAUAUCAGCUUCACCGUCUGGGAUGUCGGUGGCCAGGAUAAAAUCAGACCUCUGUGGCGACAUUACUUUCAGAAUACGCAAGGUCUGAUUUUUGUGGUUGACAGCAAUGACAGAGAGCGAGUCAAUGAGGCCCGGGAGGAGCUGACCAGGAUGCUGGCAGAAGAUGAACUCAGAGACGCUGUUCUCCUGGUGUUUGUGAAUAAGCAGGACCUUCCCAAUGCUAUGAAUGCAGCAGAGAUCACGGAUAAGCUGGGCUUGCAUUCCCUCCGCCAGAGGAAUUGGUACAUCCAAGCCACUUGCGCCACCAGCGGUGAUGGACUCUACGAAGGCCUCGACUGGCUCUCCAACCAGCUUAAAAACCAGAAGUGAUUGGAAGCAGCCCUUCCCUGUGCAUUGUGGCAAACCAGCGGGCCUCUUCUGUGUGCGUGUGUGCGUGUGCGGAGCCCGGGGGGCCGUGUGGCUAGGAGUGGGGGCAGCUUUCUCACACUGUGCCUUACAACAUGCUUUAGGAAACCAGUAUUCCAUUUCCCGUAAACCAUGCUGUUUUAAAUGGUCCCUUCCAUUUCCAUAGCUGCAGUCCAGGGGGCUCCCUGAGGCAUGACAGCCAGGACUGGGAAGAGAGCUGGGGCAUGGUUUGGGUUCAUCCCCACAGCCCUGGGCCUGGCACCUCUGUGUGCCCGAGUCCUGUUGGACUUUGGCAUCCUUUGGGAAAAGGCAGGCAGGAGUGGCUGUUCUUUUGCUGUGGUAGCAGUCCUGGUGGCUCCCCGUGGAAUGUUUGAGGGCAGAAAACCCCCAGGGGGAGGUGUGAGGGGGUCUGUUGGGAACUUGUUCCUUCAGUUGCGUUUCAGCCCGGACGUUCUGUUUUAGCACACUUGAUUUAUAGAAAGCAUUGACUGUAUGUAACACUAGAAAAUUGUCCCCUCUUCCCUUAACCUGGUUCCUUCCCUCACUUGCCAGAUGGAGCCCAUUUGGAGCGGUUCUCUCAGUGUGAGACUGAGGCUCUGCUUGGAGCCCCCUGGUCCCCUGUGGGGCGGGUGGGAGGAUGCGGGAGGUGAAGCACAGCUUCCACAUCCUUCCCGCUGUGCCCAUCUUAGGGUUCAGGCUGCUGAGACCCCUGCUCCCCCCGCUCUGCCCUGCGGCUCGCUCCUAGGGCGGGGGCGUCCCUGGGUACACUUUUCCGAGUCCAGCCUGCGUUGUUCACUCAUUUUUCUUUCCAGAAUCAUACCCAGGAGUUCCAAGAGCUUGUGGGAGGAUCCGUUUUGGAGCUAAAAUCCCCUGAACCUCCUGGUUUUGCUCCCAAGUUGGUGCUAAUCUCUCUCCUCUAGACCGCUCUGCCUGGGGACACUCGAGUCGGGUGAGCUGUCUGGAUACGUUCUUUAUACUGUCCUCCGGCCCUUCCUCCCACGUGAUCGUGGGCCAGCGCUGAAUCCCAGCACGCCACUACUUAACCGUUUAAAAUUCCUUUUUCAAAAAAUCUCAGUGCAAGUGAUAGGGGAAAGGAAUGUAAGGUGAAUGUUCACAGAAGUGCGUCCUGUUGAGUGGUAACCGUGAAGUUGGUGUUGGCAGGAGUCCAUGGUAGACGUUAGCGUCCCGUUGUUCAUCGUGUUCAGCAGAGUGCUCACUGUGGUGCCGCAGCUGCGUCUGGAGUGGACUGAACGUGCGUCGUUCCGAGAGCCAUCAGACUGGAGCCUGACAUGCUUAGCCCCAGGGUGCCUGACGCGGGAUGAGGCCCACUGGACACAUGUUGACUGGUUGGACAAUAAAGAACUUGGUUUGGAAGGAAGGCAGGCAGCC